CGUAACAUGAAUUAGUAUCUCGGUAAAUCGGAGCUUGUUUAUCGAUUCCUUCACUGAGUAUCGUGUAUGCGAAAAUCCGUUUCCACGAUCGAUCGUAUUUUAGAAUUGCUUCGGUCAGACAUUUAUUAUCCGCCACGUCGUUUCGCGAGGCUUUGCAUUAGGAGCACAAUGGCAUAUAAUCGUGGAGUGAAAAGAGAUUCCUUUAAUCGAGGGACUUUCAAUCGGGGUGUUAGCGGAGGCGGUGGUAACAGAGUUGGCAAUAACAGUGGCAUGGGAAGUAACAUGGGCGGAGGACUAAGUGGGAGUGGUGGUAUGGGUGGAAUGAAUCCCUGGGAGGGUGGCAUGAUGCCUGGCAGAGGCAUCCUGCCUACACCCAACAACAAUCUUUCCUUGGCAUCGCCGCAGGCACAACUAGCAAUCGCCAGCAACCUCCUUACAAAUUUACUCCGUAGUCAGCAAGAGGCGCAGCCACAGCAGGUACCAUCUCUUAUGAGCUUGGGAAAUAAUUAUUCUGGACCUGGACCAAAUUAUCCCACUCAGCAGAAUUAUUCCUCCGGACGGUUUGGAUCUAACGAUCGACCGGCACGGCAUCCCAUGAAGAAUCAACGUCCUCAGCCAUACAACAAGAUGGGCAAUCGAGCCCGAGAUGGCCCCGCUGGGCGACGUGGCCCAUCCGCACAACAAUCUCGUGCACCCCAGUCUGGCAGUCAACGUAUGAACGGAAACCAAAUACAACAUCGCAACGAUAAAUCUUCUAAACCAAUUCCUGCCUCUAAACAAAAUCAGACUGCCAAAAAGGAACAGCAGGAUGUUAAGACCUCUGAUAGCGAAAAAGCAGAACCGCCUGUUCCGAAAAGCAGUGAUGCAGAUGAGUCUGAAGAUAAGAAGCGCGAUUGGAAGGAUGAGAAAAACACGGAAGAAGUGAAAAUUGAAAAAAUGGAAGAUGAAAAAAUGGACGAUAGCGAGAAAAACGUGGAGAAGUCGGCUGAAGAUUCUACGAAAGAAGCAAAGGAUACGUCUGAGAAAAUUGAAAAAGAGAACAUGAAAACGACUGGCAAGAAAUCGGAAGUUAGACACGCUGAAAGUCGUUACUCCGAAGUUCCGAUGAAUCAUAUGUUUUGUCAUAUUUGCAAUAAGCAUAUGUGGGAUGGAUUUUCCUUCGAAAAUCAUUUACGCGGACGUGCGCAUCAACUGAUGAUGGAAAAGUUGGAUGAAUCGUACAAAUUGAAAGUCGAUUUGAUGAGACACGAGCUACGAGUUGCCGAGGAACAACGUGAGCUUAGCUUGAACAACUCGAAACGACGCGGCAAAAAAGUCUCUGUAGAUUUCAAUGUGAGAGAAUAUUGUACGAUGUGCGAUCUGAACUUUUAUGGAACCUUAUCUACACAUAGGAAGAGCGAAAAGCAUCAACAAUUGAAAACAUUCUUGCAUCCUCGAUGCUUUCCUUGUUUAAAAGAAUUUCCGUCUCGCAUAGAAUAUGACGAGCACUGUUUAACACCGGCUCAUAUGAAGAAUGCCGUUCAAUGCGAGGAACAACGGAAAAAUAAAAAGAAAGAAAAACUGGCAAAGGGAGAGGCCGAGGUUCGUACUGCAGAAGACGAGGAGAAAGAUGUAUGUCAUGACUCAAAGAACGAAAAAGAAGAGGAUUCAGGAGAACAAGAAUACAUCACAGAUAUUAUAGAAAAUUUAACUGAGAAGAAACUCAAGAUACCGUCUUACAAAUAUUGCCGUCAAAAUCAUAUCUUUAUUGGUAAAUCUAUGGUCAAGGAAGUCCAAGGAUUUUAUUGCGAGCGUUGCCGAAGGUUCAUGCUCUUAGCUGAAGAUAUGAACGCUCAUCUACGCAGCAUCACGCACUAUCGGAAUUUUGUGGCAGAAGUAAAGUCAUUAACAUUGAACGUGCCAGCUACAGAGCCGAAAGAGAUUGAACAAACUGACAAUGAUGAGAAAAAUGUUGAAGUUCAGGAGGAAUGUGAUGUACAUUGGAAACGUCGCAAGAUUAGUCAUGAUGAAAAUGAUGAUAAUGACAAGCCGAAGGAACAGCAAGAGAAUAAUGCUGAUAAUGUAAAUGUGACACCGAAAAGAUCGGACGGAGAGGAAAAGUAUGAUCCAUUGGAAGCCGAUGCUGCCGAAUCGGAGGAGGAGGAAAAUCGCGAAGCGGAAGAGAAUACGAAAGAGACCGCUGUGGAAAACGUUACUAAUACACAGGAUGUAAAACCUUCAGUUGACGAAGUGUGGGCAGAUAUGGAUAAUGACAAUGAUAUUGAAAUGGGUAACCUGAUCGAUGAGGCGGAUGAAAAAGAACAUGCCGAACCUGAAAAAUCUGUACCGAAGAUAGAACGAAAUCAUAGUCCUCAAAUGAAACAACCUAGAGGUCGCGGAUUCGUACGCGGUCGCGGUGGUCCGCGUGCCAGGAGAUCCCGGCGAUAAGAUAAUGCCGCGAUUUAUGGAAAUAUGAAAGUAAACGUGAAAAAAUAACGUUGACAUAAGAAAAAUUUAAUUCCGUAUCUCAUAUUCAUUCGAAUAAGUUUUAAUGAAUAGAACACGUUUUUAUCAUCGAAGCGUGGGAUAUUAAUAUACAUAUUAAUAUUGCACAUUAUAUUAACAUUAACAUUAUAACAGAACAUAUACCCUUGGUCAAAAUAUCAGGCACCUAUAUUCUUGUUAUUAAUCAGAAAUUAUAUUGUUUGCUGCAGCGUCGGCCGAUCGAUGUCGAUUGAAGACUUUUUAAGUUCCAAAUUAAAAAUGUCGGUAAUAGUGACAUUUUUAAUUCCAUUCUUACAUUAUUAUUCUAUCUUACUCAAAUGCAUAUAUCUGUCUUUAUUUAACAUAUUGCAACGUUUUUUUGCAAGAUCGAGUAACUACUAGUCACAAUUACUGCUUUCUUUAUUAUUCCGAGUCUUCGCUAAGCAUACACGUAUGCAUGAAAUUUGCAGAUCAAUAAAAAUCUUUUUUUAAGCUUUUAAUCUUAGUUUUAUAAACACAAUAUUGUUCGUUCACAUAAUCGAACGAAUGAUGCAAUGUUAUUUUGUCCAAAGGACCCAUAAAACUGUUGUAUUAAGAUUGUAACGUCUACGUGACAGCUCUAGGAGUUGAAAAAUAAGUAAGCUUUUAACUUUUUUCGAUUUUAGAUUAAAGUAUACACCAUCUUCUAAUUUUGUGUCUACUUUAACCCUGUAAAAGGAUUUUGUAUUCCAUUCAGUCAAUUCGGAGAUUUUUUUAUACGACUGUAAUGUCUCGAUAAUUUGACCACUCCAGGUACCCUAUUCUGUAAAUUAAAACAGUAACGACAUUGUUGCGUAGCUUUUUAUACUAUAAAAUAUCUGCGCAACGAUGUCGUUACUGUCUAUAAUAAUGCUAUAUGAUUAGUGUCCGCUAUUUAAGAAACACCCUGUAUAUGUAUAUAUGUACAUCAUACAUACAUAAAAAUUUUCACGAUUCUACUCUAAGAUUAGAUAAUCGCUAUCCUGAGUUCAUAUUCUGUAACUCGUUAAGACAGUAACUUUUUAUACUAUAAAAUACGCUGUCGUUAACGAGUUACAGAAUACGAACUCAAGGUAGCGAUCAUCUAAUCUUAGAGUAGAAUCGUGAAAAUUUUUAUGUAUAUACGUAUGUAUGUAUGUAUGAUGUAGACACAUAUAGAGGGUGUUUUUUAAAUAGCGGACACUAAUCAUAUAGCAUUAUUCCUAAUUAAAAAUUGAGCCGAAAAGUCUUCCACAAUUUUGCAAUUUUCACAAUGGUUGACGAAAUAUUAAUUUCUAAAUAUUGCGAAUAAGCGCGUAUCCGGCUGCCCAAUCAUUAUCAUGAAAAUUGUAAAAUUGUAGAGGACUUUUUGAUUCAAUUUGUUAUCAGGAAUAGCAUUAUGUGAUUCGGCAAUCUUUAGAAAUUAAUAUUUCAUCAAUCAUAUAUAUAUAUAUAUAUUUACAAAUGGCAUGCAAGAAACUUCAACAUGUCAUUCAUCGCUUGUGAUGUCAGAUUGACUGUGGCCACAGUAGCUAUUCGAACAGUACAUUUUCGCUUUAGGCAAAAAGCUACAUUAUCGCUAUCCAAAGGCAUCCUCUUAAGCUCUCGAGUGGCUGCUGUGACCACAUUGAAUCUGACAUCAUAAGUGAAGAAUGGUAUGUUGAAAUUUUUUGUAUGCCAUUUAUAAAUAAAGAGAAUUUGGGUAAAAAAAAAGAAAAUAAGAUUGUUUUAAAACACUUUAUGAGCCGUCCUUCUCCCUUACAAUCAGUAAAUAGUCGUAAAAGGCACGUAAAGUGAAAAUGGGCUACGCAUGUGCAUUAAGAGUUUAUUUAAACAACAAAUGACAUAAAUCAAUUUUUGAACUUGAACUUUAUAUAAUGGUUAAUAAAGUGCCUAAUAUUUUUGACCAAGAUUGUACAUGAUAAUUGAUGGUAAUUCAGAGCAAACAAGCUAAUGUGUUUUAUCGUUAUUUUGACGUUAAAAAUGUCACUUUGACAUCAGUGACGAUAGAUAGCUUGUUUGCUAGGAAAUUCUUAAUUAUAAGUUCAUAACUAUAAACAACUUAGGGAGCGUUUACAUUGACUGUAACCGUUAUGAUGUAAGAAUAUAAGGUGUACCAUUGCACAUAAUGGCGAUAUCAUUCAAAUUUUAAUCUCUAUGCAUUUCCCUGCGUAUAAUAGCGCUGGUAUAUUAGAAUAGCCAAUCAAAUUUUGGCCUCAAAUUCACUCUCCUACUACGCAUCCCCGGAAAUAAUACACCUUGUCUUAUAUCAUAACUAACCGUAUGUUGUAUAAAAAUUGGCCAAUCACCUUCGAGUAUUCCCUUCUUACAGUUGAAUGAGAGGGGAAUACUUGAUCGUGAUUAGUUGAUUCUUACGGUUACGGCCAAUAUAAACGCUCCCUUACUGCAUGAGCACCAUGGAGAGAUUCAGAAUUUUUUUUUUUUAUAUAAAUGAUGAGCUCUUCUCUUUAGCUACAAUCAUGAUAACCUUUCUAUUAGCGUAUUCGAUUUACUGCUUCAACCCGACUUUGAGUCAAUGAUCUGUUCUGUCUAGCUGCAAAAAAAGAACUGAAUUGUG